ACAAAAAGCAGAUUACAAAAAUGGUGGAAAUAAUGUGAUUCAUAUUCAGUAUUGACAGUCCUCCUCCUGGAGCAUGCACCUUAAAUUUUUGAAGAAAAAAUUGAUUUAUAUAUUAGAGUCACAUAAUCCUGGUAUGUUGACUGUUGUGGACAGACCACUACCAGUGAGUGUGUGUGUGUACAUGUGAGCAGUGUUCAGUCUUGCAGCUAGCUAUAAGCUGACAAGCAAUAGAGUGGAAAGAGCACUAGCUUGGGGUGAAAAAAACACAUUUACAUCUAGCUUCAGGCACUAAGGGUAUGAACCUGGGGAGGAUCAUUUGCAAUCCUAUAAAAUGAACUGGAGAAAGAAAUGUCAAACCUUCCCAAUUUGUCAAGAAAACCUCAAAUGGAACCUCAAACCUCAAACCUCAAAAACACAAUUGAAAAGUUUAGUCUCGAGCUCACUUCAAUUUUUCUCUAAAACAGAUAACCCCAAACUCAAAGUUUUGCUAGAAAAUUAAAAUGAAGUCAUUUGUGAAUUUUUAAAUCAUGUAAAACCCUUUCACUUUAUCCUCAAUAAGAAAUAAUGAAACUAUUUUGAGGAAGAGCAAAAUUAACCAAUUUAAACAUGGAAUAGGUAAAACCAGGAGAAAUAAUUGUAAAACAAGCAACUUAAACUUAAAAACUGCAAUUGAUGUCUAUCAACUUUUGUAUAAAGAUUUGUUUUGGGAGAGAAAAUAGACAUUUUAAAAGAGAUCUGCCACCCGAAUUCUAUUACUAUGUCAGAUAUUUCCCCACAAGUAAUUAAGAUUAAACUAAAAAACACAAGUGAAGCUCACCUUUAUUUUUUUUUCCUUUGACUCAUUUUGGCAGUAUUUUCACAUCCUAACUUAUCCUUGAGGGCACUGCACAUGGUAUUCAUAAAUCUUAAUAGAUAAGCUUUCUUUUGCAUCUUUUCUGUUUUUCUUUCCCUUAGCAGAAUUUCACCUUUUAGUCUUGGUCCUGAGUGAUAUGAAUGAGUCCAUAAUGUGUCCUUUUGAAUUCAGAGAGUCAGAAACAUAUGGUCAAUGUCAAUUUUAUUGUUAUUAUUGUAAAGUCCUUAUGUCACAUUGUACUACUUUGUGUAAAACAGGACGAUUUGAUUGAAAAGGUUUUGUUUGCUAUCAGUGGAAUUAAAAAACUAAAUGGAGAGUAAAAUUAAAAUUUUAAAUGUUGUAAAGGAUCAAAAAUACAGGUAAUAGGAUCAGUUUUUCUACUAGAUCUUGUAGUUUCUGUUUUAAAAAUGAUAAGUUGAAAAGCAAUAAUUUGUAGAUACAAUUUCUUGUCUGAUAACUGAAUAGUUAUGUUUAGUCUAGUUUUUAUUUGGAUAAUUUUCUUAGAUUUCCACAUUUAUAUUCAACAUUUACCUUGUUAUUAAGGUUACAUUCAUUUCCUGGGUAACCAUAACAAUUGUAGCUAUUGCAAAGUGGAAUGUCAAAUAUUCUAAGUUCUGAAAGAGAAUUUUCUGUGUGUUUCCCCAAAGCUGCUUCUGUCUCAGCAUUCAGAUCAAAAAGUGUGGGCAGAAAUACCUGUUGUGGUAUUAUUCAGAGCAGUCGCUAACAGUCUUUGACUAUUUGUAAGCUUUUAAUGUUCUGGCAGCUGGUAAGACAACACUUUAGCUCACUACUACAAUAAUGUAGAAAGUCAUUAUUAUUAUAAGUUUAUUUAUAUGGAUGUUCUCUUAUUACAAUCUGAUCCUGAUUCAUUUUUCAGAUAUGUCAACACCAUUACCUCUGAGUAGUUUCAAAGAAUCUUGUUUGCUGUGACUUAGAGCUUUAGUAGUUUAAAAACAAAACAAACAAACAAGAUCCCUCCAUAUAAACUUGGGGUAUUUUUUAGUUUAUCUUCCCUUUGAUAUUUGAAAAAAAAAAAAAAAAAAAAAAACAGAAGUCUUAACCUACAAAAUUCUUUUAAGCAUCCUUUCUGAUACUAUUAUUUUAAUAACAGUAAUUUAUCGAACUAUUUAAUGGUAACAAAAUAGACAAGUUCAAUUGUGGCUGAAGAUUAGUUCUAUGACCCUAAGCUAGUCAUUUAGCCUUUCUUUACUUCAGUGUCCCCAACUGUAAAAUGGGAAUAGUUUGUGUAGAGAUCUUCCUCUCUUGAUGCUGUCUUGAAAGUCCCAUUCUCUAAAAUUAUUACCCUACAUUUUUAUUGCCCUCUUCUUAGUUAUCUUUAUCUAUGCUUAUGUCAUGCAAAAUUGUUUAUGGAAUUCCAGAUUCUCAAAGGACUUAAACUAGUUUAGGCAUAAAUUAGAAAUUCCUCUGCAAAAUCACCAGAGAUGUUGGGAGAGGAAGCGAAUAAACCAAUGUAGUAACAAAGAUUAAGGACAUACUGUAUAUUAUGUACUAGACUAUUUUUGGGAUACCAACACAGAAAAAUUAAAUAGCCUGAAUGUGAAAUUUACAUUCUAAAAAGAUACACACACGCACACACACAAAAACAAACAAACAAACAAAAAAACAUAUAAAUAAAACUCAAAAUAAGCAAAUGAAAUCUUAUAGUUUGGGGAAGGAUCAAUGGGGACAAGUCACCAAGAAUUUCAAACAUCUCAGGUAAGAGGUAACAUUGUAGUUUUGAUGGCUAAAGAUUAAGAAAUUGCUGUUGAACUUAGGAAUACUGGUUGGAACAAUUUCAGUCUUUGGAGUUGCUUUCUUCAAGGAGAAGGGAAUUAAUAUCUCAUUUCUCGAAAUAAUUGCUUCAUUAGAUCUUCACCAUGAGGUCCUAGGAACAAAUUUCUUAAGAUUUAGGUAUUGCUUCAUGAUUUAGGCCUCCCCAAAGGAUUAAGAAAGCAAAAGAAAAAGGUAUUUAUUGUACAAUACAAGUCGGGUAUAGGUGUUCAUUUUAUACAAAAGAAAUAUUAAAACAAGUAAUUUAUGCAAAUAUUGCUUUAAAAAAGAUUCAAUAAUUUACAAUUAUUUUUAUAAGAUUUAUUUAGUAAGACUGACACACAAACUGAAUCAGAACAUAAACAAGAUUGUGGAAUGUUGAUUAGAUGUUUUACCUUAAUCUCUCUUCUGUAUAUUGUACAAUAUAACUCCAGUGAGUCAUAUUGGUUCUCCCUACACGCAUCCUUGUCCAGAGACAUCAAAAGUAAUCAAGGACUUCAUUGUGUCCAAGUGCUAAAUCAUUACUUUCUAAGAGUACCUGGAAGUUUCCAAAAGGGUUCUAGUUGCAUACUCCCUAAGAUAGCCUCUCUAGGCCAAUUAAUCUUUGUUGCAAAAGGAAACUAAGUUAUCAAAGAAACAUGGCAUGGAAACAGACUAUGCAAAGCCAAGAAAAUAGAAAAUGUAACAUUAUGUCAGGAAUAACAAAAUAGUCAAUUUAGCACACAUACAGAAGUAUACUGUUAUUUGUGUGAUGUGUGUAACAUUUAACAUACAUAGCACAUAUUUUAUGUUGUAUAUUACAUACAUAAUACAUUUUAUCCACUCCACUUCCAGAUUUCUCUAUUUUUUUGAGAACAUCAUCCUUCUAGUCACUAAAAUUUGUAACUUCAAUAUCAUCCUUGACUCCUCUCUCUCAGUCCAUAUUGGCAUUUAAUUACUGAAUUCUAUUAUCAUAGCAUUUCUUAAUGUUAUAAUGAUUUUCACUUAUAUAGCAUUUUGCAAAUAUUUAAUAUCUCAUAAUUGUGGGAGAUAGGUGUUGUUAAUUAUCCCCCUUUUAUAGUUGAUAAAAUUUGAAUUUAAUUAUUUUUGUACUCUUCAUAUUGUGUUUUUGAGUUUUGCUUAUUAUUAUGGCUUUAGGAAAGAGAUGGCCUGACUAUCUUCAAUGAUUCAGCUUCUUUGUCUAAUUAUUAUUAUUAGCAUCUCAAUAAAAAUUAAGUUACAAAAGAGAAGGACUUAGACAACUAGUAGAUUUUUUUUUCAAUUCAUUUUACUUCUUAUUACACAAUAAAUACUUAAGAUUUUAAAAAAUUACAUUCAUUUCAUGUUAUUCUACUUUUCUGGUAGCAGGUACCAAGUUCCACAACUUUCUGGAAUUCUUUUCUACAUGGGAGAUAUAUCAGCUCUUUCUUUACUUAUGUAUGAGAGCCUUUAAAGUAACCCUUAUUCUGUAUAAUAAACUUGAAGAUCUCAUUCUCUCCCUUCAUUCACCUCUAUUUUUCAUUCUAUCUUAUAAUCACCUUUUUGCAAAUCUUUGACAGGUAAUUUCCAUGACUUCCUAAUAUUAGUCUGCCUCCUGCCCUCUAGGUUAUCCUCUGUCAAGUCCAACUUCUACACAGUUAUUAAAGGGACAGUGCUUGAGUGCAUGUGUGAUCAUAUUUCUCAGUUGUGACUUUCUAUGACUGAAUAAAAUCUUUAAAAUCUACAUGCCUUCUCAUUCACUAAGCUUAUACAUUUUUAAAUGACUCAUGGUAUUAUUUAUGUAACAAUCUUGUUUCAUUUUGGAUUUUCUUAACUCAAAUAUUUUUCACCUCAGCUCCACUUUUAGAAUCCCAAGUUACUUUCAGAGCUCAGCUUCUGUCAUCUCUUUAUUUCACUUUCACAUAAUAAUACUAAAGCACUGAGAUGGAGGAGUCUCAUCAGAAGGGACAAAUCUGUUGAGAUUAAUAACAAUAACUGGCACUUAUAUAUAGAAUUAAGGAUGUCAAAAUCUUUAACAAAUGUUUCCUCAUUUUGUCCUCUUAAUAAUCUUUGGGAGUUAACUGCUAUUAUCACUCUCUUUUACAGAUACAGACAGAAGUUGAGUGAUUUGACCAAGCUCACAGGGCAUAGUUGCACCACAUUUGAAUGCUUAUCUUCUUGAAUCUAUAUCAUUGUGCCAAUUUAAAGGAAAGGGAUAAUGAGGGUCUCACAUUAGAGAGAAAUUCAGGCUUACAAAGUGUCAAAAUAGAUGAUGAUUGGACUUUGUCUAGUCAAUUGCAACAUGGAAAUUUCUUUCCAGAAAGAUGUCAGAAUACAAGCAUUAUCAGGAAGGUCAAAAGCAAAAAGGACCAGCUGUUUCAAAACCUUUUCGUGACUCAGAGGGAAAAUGUGAAUUGGGGAGGAUUAGAACCCAAAGCUAAAUGUGGUUACACAAUAGUAGAGAGUCUGUAAUCAUAUGUGGGAGUAUGUAUUGUAGAUACUGAAAUGUGUUACUGAUAAAUUUAGGGGAAUUUUUUUUUUCUCUUUCCUUCUUUUUCCUUCUUUGUUCCUUUAGAAGGAAGGGACAAAACAAACACCAGGAACUAAUAAGAGACUUCCUACCUUCAGUACUUUAUCUUGAACUUCUUUCAUGGAUAUAAACUAUAGAUUACAUAGAUUAUUAUGUUACUUUAAAAAUUUCAAAAGCCUCUGUGUCUUUAUAAUUGCUGGCUCUCCUUAGUCCAAUGGACACAAAGAGGAGAAAUUGUAAGGUUAUUUUUUCCAUGAUAGUUCAUGUCUUAAGAAAGAGUCAUUCCUGGCUGCAUUUGAAAAAUCUGUGUAGAUCUAACAAAAAUGCAGGUACUUCAUAGCUUUUGUCCUGGAGGAACUAAAAUCACACUAGAAUUGUUUCAGUGUUCUGUAACUCAAAUUUCAUCAAGUUUUUUAUAGAGCAGAUUCCUAUUUAUCAAGUAUUCACAUCCUCUACCCCUAUCUUCCCAAACUAACCAACCAACCCUGAAAAGCAUCUUGUUCACUGCUACUUGGCCAGAAUCUGAAGUUUCUGAUCAGAAGAAUCUGCAAUACUCUGCAUUCUGAAGAUGGAUACAGCUAAUGAAGAAGGUGUAGAUCAUGUUCCAUCUCUGGAGGAAGGGAUGAUACAUGGCCCCAGUUUCCAGUUUACAUUCCCAUAUAGCAUCUUAUUUUCUACAUUCCUCUACUGUGCUGAGGUUGCUUCUGCUAUCUACAUGAUUGAUUUGUAUAGAAAAAAUGAUGACAACUUCUGGAUGGGAUUUACAAGCAUUUUUUGCUUUGGUGGAUGUAUCAUGGACCAAUUGACUCUAAUAAUUGUUCAUAAGGACUUAUCCAAGAAUAAACCUCUAGUGUUUUUCGUGCACUUUCUACUUAUGGGACCCGUUGAUAGACAAAUUCCCAUGAUGGUUUGUUCUAACAGAUGUCUGAAGGCUAUUGCGAUAUAUUUUCAGUUGCUGAAGAAACAGAAAUGUGAAAAAGAGGAAACCUAUGUUAGUACAACACGAAGAAAGAUACUCCAAAAUGGCAAUGAAGGGACAUUGGAGUGGGAGAUUACCCAUUUAGUGCGGACACUGUGCACGCAUUAUAAUGCCUUCAAACGUAUGGCAUUGAUUCAAGCCUUCCUGGGGUCUGUGCCACAGCUAACUUAUCAGUUAUAUGUCACCUUUACAGUACGUGAACUUCCCCUGGGUAGAGCUGUGCUGAUGACUUUUGCUUUGAUAUCUACCAUCUAUGGGGCUAUCCUCUGUAAUGUGCUGGCCAUCCAAAUCAAGUAUGAGGACUAUAAGAUCAACCUACAGCCUCUAGAAUUCAUCUGUAUUACCAUCUGGCGUUGCCUGGAGAUAACCUCACGUCUUGUAAUUUUGGUGCUCUUUUCUGCAUCUUUAAAAUUGAGAGCUGUGCCCUUUAUGUUGGGUGUCUUGAUGAUUCCCCUAUUGGAGCCCUGGGUUGAAUUCUGGAGAAGUGGUGCUAAGUUUCCAAACAAUACUGAAAAAAAUAUUAGUCGGGUACACACUCUUGCCAUUCUUAUGUUAGUCACCAUUCUAUAUGCAGGUAUUAAUUUCUUCUGCUGGUCAGCAGUGAAGCUGAGGUUAGCUGAUAAAGAAUUCAUUGAUAAAUCACAGAACUGGGGUCACAUGGCUCUACAUUAUAGUAUUCGGCUAAUAGAAAAUGUGAUCAUGGUAGUAGUAUUUAGUUUGCAAGGGGGGAAAACAAUAUUGUAUUGCUGUGACUCAUUAAUUGCCUUACAACUUGUCAUAACUUAUCUGUUAUCCAUUGGUUUCAUGCUCCUCUUCCAUCAGUAUUUGCAUCCACGCUGGUCAGACAAAGCAAUACCAGAAUAUGCUGAAACUCAGCCUGAAGAAUUAUAAUACUUCUAUAAACAUUUAUAAAAACUAAACAUUAAA